CUUCAAGCAACGUCGCUUCUCGUCCAGCAAUGGCUUCUCUCGGAGCUCUGACUCUUCUCCUUCUCCUCCUGCUCUUCUCCUCCUCUGCUUCAUCUCGGAGGGUUUCUCUAGCUAUCUACUACGAGUCUCUAUGCCCUUAUUGUUCCUCCUUCAUUGUGGACCGUCUUCCCAGCAUCUUCAACAAUGGGCUCAUCUCUUACGUCGACCUCCAUCUCGUUCCCUUCGGCAAUGCCGAGAUCGGCUCCGAUGGUUCUAUAACCUGCCAGCAUGGGUCUGAUGAAUGCUUCCUGAAUUACAUAGAGGCUUGUGCUAUCAGUGUCUGGCCUGAUCCUCAUGUACAUUUCAGUUUCAUUCACUGUGUGGAGAAUCUAGUUGAACAGAAUCUAUACAACCAGUGGUCGUCUUGCUUUCGGAGUACUGGGUUGAAUUCACAACCUGUUGUGGAUUGCUACAACAAGGGAACUGGAUCAAAGCUUGAACUACAAUACGCCGCACAAACAAAUGCUCUUCAGCCUCCUCAUCAGUAUGUACCUUGGGUUCUAGUGGAUGGGCAACCACUUUACAGUGACUACAAUAACUUUGAAGCUUACAUCUGUAAUGCCUUGAAUGGUGAAUUGCCGACCGCUUGUGAAGGGCAUUCGCUGAUGACUUUCCUGGAAACUGACACCAAUAGAACUGCUGGAGUUUGCAGAAUUCAUUGAAACCAUGAAGAUAUAGAUUUUGAUUUAGGAUUAUUUGCUUUGUGUUCAGCUAACUUUAUCAUUAUUAUUAUUAUUAUUAUUAUUAUUAUUAUUAUUAUUAUUAUUAUUAUGUGAUGUAAAUCAAAGCUAAAAGCUUUUUUUAUCCAAAAUAAGACGGAUUUAUUGUUCA